GCUGCCGUCCACAACAAUGCCUUCUUCCUGUGGUCGUUGCGCUUCCAAUUUCCCUGGGCAACGGCGCACACGGAACGGUUCCGGAUUUCAGGUACAAAUCCUUCAAAAGCUGGACAUCAGCUGCGGCGACACCGUACCACCAUCACAACCCCGCCGCAGACGCGAGCACUCGACACGAAAGUCGCCAACGCCAGGCGACCUUCUCGUCGCCAUCACGCCCCAAUAAUUCACUGCCCACCCGCCAUCGCCACCAGUCCGCCACCACUGGCCUACGCAGCCCGCCAAUAAUAACACGACUAAAGCAGAGGGCCAAAACCCGCGACGCGCACGGCCAGUGGCCAGCACCACACACGGGCGCACGACACCGAAGCCGAGCAGUGAGGUGAGCUGCGCGAGGCGCGGCCGGCCAUGUCCACGCCCCGCCGCCGCCUCGCCACCACCUCUCCGUCCCUCCGCUUCCUCGGCCUGCUGAAGCAGCCCGACGACGCCAGCGCCGACGUCCAGGAGCUCGAGCUCGACGAGCGGGACGUCGUGUGGUCCUCCAGCACGACCUCCUCCUCCUCGACCUCCGCAGCCUCCUCACCAUCCCUCACCCCGUCCCCAUCCCCGUCCGCCGGCCUCCGGCGGCCCAUAUCGACGUCGUCCCGCCACUUCCCCGCCGGCAGCAUCGGCUUGUCCGCUCUCCUGGCCGACGAGCACGCGCCCACCGCGUCCAUCCCGGCCACGAUGCGCUCGAAGAGGCAGCAGCACCCGCAGCCGUACCACCAGUCCGCGCCGGUCGCCGUGCCGGUCUGGCCCAAGGGGAGGACGACGACGACGACUGACAGGCGUCGCCGGGAGGCGGAGCAGGAGGCCGACGACGAGGACGACGACGGCGAGCCGGUGGUGCACCCGCACGAGAUGGUCGCGCGGCGCGCUGCAGCGGCGGCGUCAGUGAUGGAGGGCGCCGGGCGCACGCUCAAGGGGCGCGACCUCCGGCGCGUGCGCAACGCCGUGUGGCGCACCACCGGCUUCCUCGACCUGUGAAAAAGGACCCUCCUUUGGAGGUUUCGUUCGAUGGCCACGUCAGUACACUCCACUUGAGCUGUUGUUGGGCAGCUGCUUCUUGCUUAGUGUAGAGCUGUCCGCUGUGUGCUCGGCACUGAAAAAUGCGGGGGUUUUCUUGCUAAGUCUGGAGUUAUAGGGGCACUGUUACGAGGUGUAUUUGCUGUAGUAGUAUCUGCAGGUGCUUCGGUAUUUUUCCUGGAAGAAAACUACACUGAUCUAUUGUUUGCGAUUGUUUCAAGAUCUGUGCAAUUUUCUUUUAGAAAGGAUUCUCGCAGCAGAUGUUGCAGAAUAGCUAAAUCCGCUGUGUGCCAGAGCAGAGGUCAUGUGAUCAUUAAACUUGUAGUGUAGAAGUGGAAAAUAGAUGCGGUGUGUUCAUAGCUUUUGUAUACCACUGUGAUUACUAGAGUGCUUCUCUAAUCUGCACCGUAUCCAAAUACCAUUGGCCGUUCUCGUUUGUUUUCUAAGAUUGCAAAAGGCAUUUGACACCUGCCUGAAACAUGGAUCAGAAUUUUGAAAUUCGUUUGAUGA